CCGUGGCUGAAGGGCACGCGCGUCGGCGAGGUCCUCUUCCAGGCCGACUACCACCUGAAGGAGCUCUCGAUGGCGGACCCCUCCUUCGAACAGCCCGUCGUGGGCAUGAAGACCGUGUGGGACUUCCCCUGGAACGACGGCCAGUGGCGGGGCCGCGAGUGGUUCGUCGUGAAGGACGCAAGAGUGGAGCUCUCCAGCGACGGUGCGCUCCUCCCCCGCGUCAGAAUGGGCGUGGAGGCUCGCGAGCAGGUCGCCGACGCGAGGCGGCAGCUGGUGGACGCCCCUGUGACGUCGAAGGGUCACCCUCUCGUCAGGUACGCGGAGAUCUUCACGCACUUCUUCGACCUGAUCGCGGAGAGGAAGAGCGUCGUCCACCAGCUGCGCGAGGUCUCGCGGGCGGCGGUCGUGGCGAAGUUCCUGGUCGACAACGGGGUGCACCUGGACGAUUUCUGGAUGAGGGCGGAGGAGGCCAGCGUGUGCAGGAUGGACCUGCCCUUCAACAAGCAGGAGCGGUACACGUACGAGGUCGUCGUCUGCCACGGCGCCCUGCAGGGGCACCGCGCCGAGCCCGUCAGGACCUGCGUGAGCCUCUGCGGCGGCGUCGACCUCAACAUCGACGCUUUCGACCUCCGGCUGCCCGCCCAGCGCGGUGCGGGCCCGGCGGCGCCAGACUACGCGGCCAUCUUCGCAGAGGUGGGCUACACGUAAGAGUGGCCCUUCGCCGGAGUGACCCUGAUGCGGGAUCACGACGGUCCCCCCCGAUCCCCCGAUCGCUGAGUGCGAUGCGAUAGCAACGGCUUGCGCGCUCUCCUCCUUC